AUGAUCCCCAAGACUCCGUCUUCGUUCUCCGUGUCUGCGCUGUCCAUCAUGUCGGACGACGAUCAGGAUAUCUUUGAUUCUCUUGAGAAGGAAGCUUCCGAGUUUACCAAGGAUGCCGAAAUUGAUCGCAUUCGCAAGGCAUUCAGUCUCGAUGCCUAUGCCGUCCUGGACCUGCAACCGGGUGUCCCAGAGAAGGACAUCAAAAUGCAGUACCGCAAGAAGUCACUCCUAAUUCACCCCGAUAAAACCAAGAACCCCGCGGCACCCGAUGCAUUUGACCGCCUUAACAAAGCGCAAACUGCCCUUCUAGAUGAGAAGCAGCGCGAAUACCUCGACGAAUGCAUCUCUGACGCGCGACGGCUUCUGAUCCGCGAGCACAAGUAUACGGUUGACUCCCCCGAGCUGAAGACCGACGAGUUCAAGGUCGAGUGGCGCAAGAAGACGGUCUGGGUGCUACUGGAAGAGGAGGCGCGCCGCCGGCGACAGCUCAAGGCGCAGAUGCAGGAAGAAGGUCGCGAGCAGCGCAAGGAAGAUGAAGAGCUUGAGGCUCGGAAGCGGAAGCGCGACCAUGAUAAGAAGUGGGAAGAUACUCGGGAAGAACGCAUUGGCAGCUGGCGUGAUUUUCAGAAGGGCAAAAAGACUGGUGAUGAAAAGAAGAAGAAGAAAAAGAUGAAGGUACUGGGUUGA